AUGGAGCAAGAUCACACAGACGACUUUGCUUCUGAAUCUUUCUUUGACCAAAAUUCGCUCCAGCAACAAAUUCAACACCUCGAUGGGACCGCCGAUCUCAACGCUGUCUCAAAUGUUGCCCUCCCUCCAAAUCCAGCUGUUAUCGACAAGCUCUCCCGCCGAUGGUAUUGUGGCUGCUUAGAGCGCAUCGCAUGGUCGAGACAUGGCCAUCUUGCCAGCAUCUCUGAUGAUGCAUCCACAGUGUAUCUGGAAUGCAUUCGUUACGACUACGAAUCCAAAUCCUGGGGCCUCCACGAAAGCCACUCGUUAACUACCCUAUUCGAAGACGCCACCAGCCUGGCUUGGAGCCCAAAUGGAGGCGAACUUGCAGUGGUCGAUGUCAAGGGACGGAUAUGGAUUUAUCACAACUCUCUUCUCGCCAUCAACCGCUUGAUACUUGCUCGUCAAGGGGCUCUGGAUGAGGGCGACGAGUAUUCCCAGCCGGUUGGCAUGACAUGGCUGAAUCAGGAUCGACAAGAAAGACCAAGAAAUGUCGUUACUCAUGCAUUCAAGGGUGACGCACGGUGGCAGCAUGCCAAUGCAAGAGCCAAACCGCUUGGCCCCUAUUGGCAUCGUGCUGUUGCAAUCGUUCACCGCAAUGGCCUCUUCACCCUUUGCUUCCAAAGAGGUGAUGGCCAGUAUUCCAAGGUAACUAAGCAGUUGUCUCCGCCAGACGAUAUGCUUUACAGUCACGCCAGCUUCGCGCCCACUGUCGAAGGAAAGAUGCUGAUCACUCUGCACUCGUUCAAGAAAGUUAUCUCAGUGUACUUCCUCUCAAUAGACUGGAAUGAAGUCAGGGCGACCAUUGAGGGCUUGCCUGUUUUGACUCUGGAAUCGAUUUCAAGCAACGUGUCCUCGCAGCCGUCUGGGUCUCCUACUCUUCCUGACACAUACGACCCGGAUUCGUGGUUACUUAGCCACCUAGAAGUCGUGCGCACUUCGGAUGUCGAGAAAGCAGUGCAGAUUCCCCCCACCAUUCUUGCGAUCUCUUCUGGCGUCAAUAGAACUGUCAACAUACCAGACUCGGGCUUUUUAGUAUCGAGCAUGAUCAAGAGGUGGUUGGUAACUCCUGUUGAACAGAAACUGCACCCACUUUUUGACGCACUGCCGUCUACAGGUCCUGGGGCGACAGCACCAAAGCCUACCUACACCCUUCAGAGGCAACCAGAUAAAGAAGAACAGGCCAUCACAACGAUCCACCAUGUGGAUGGUGUCCAAGCGCUUGCGGUCACAACGCAGGAAAACCGCAUUGAUUUCUUAAGUUCAGACGACUUAUCGCCUAUGUCAUAUUCGGCGUCGGUACAGGAAACCACAUCCAUGUCUCAAUCUGGCUUUGCAUUUCCUUAUGCACAGGUUCUUCUCACACCGGCUUUUUCCCCCAAUGCAUGCGUGAGGGCGGAUCUGACUCCGGAUGGGAAAACGCAACUUGUUGCCAUGGAAUACCAAUUAGGACAGCCUCAAUCGCUGCAGCCCCUAGACCCAAAUGUCGACGUGGCUCUUGCGUCCCUGAAUCUCACCUUCGCACGAGCAUGCUGGUCCAAUGCUACCAUCGACGACAUCCUGAUGUGUGUCUCACAGUCCAUUCCGACCGAACUCUACCCUAUAGUGAUUUCGACCAUCUAUCGUACCCUCUUUCGCGACAAUGACUUUGUAAACGAAAGGACCGAGGGCUCAGAACUUGAAAAAUUCAUCCACAAGACAGUGGUAGGGAGAGUCCUGUCUUACCAUGCAAGUCUCGCGUCGAACUGUCCUCAACUCCUCUCCAUCGCCUCCACCGAUCGGAGACAUGGCUGUUGGUCACUCAGCGCACAAUGGGCUUGGUUGGUGAACAACAUCCGACAGACAGCAACUCUACUUUUCAUGGCCAUGAGGGACGUGCAGAAUAUUCAACUCGUCAUGAGCCAAGACUUGACGGACCUGCUCUGCUCGAAUCUCCGGUGGGGUUUGUCGCUUAUGAGAUUUAUCAUUAGCACUAUUUUGGAGGUAGGCGAUCGGGAGACGAAUCCAGAGAUGUUUGACGAGAAAGAUCCCGGCAGAGCGGGCGAUUCUCUGGGCGACGGCAGUCAGGGUCUCGUCGCCUUGCUUUUGAAUUGUCAUCCAUCGCGCAUCUUUCUGAUCGCGUUCGUCAGAGCCGUUAGGGCGUACGCGAAGAAUACAGAACCAAAAUCUAAUCACCACUUGCAGGUCCUACAAUGUAUUCAACAGCAAACAACGGGGAAAGGUCUGUCAUUCCAAGCCAUGGAGGCACUGCUUGAAUACAGAUGGUCUGCGGUCGGUGACGUGGACAGGGACAUUGCGGCCACAGCUGCACGCCAGGUAGAGAUGAUGACUACGGGGGUUGUGCAUGAAUCCUACCAAGGAACGAUCAAGGUGCUGCUCAACACGCUAUUCAACAGCGCCCAGGGACUUCGGGCCAAGAUGCUGAUCGAUCGAGUCAAGCUGUUCAUCGACCAAGUCGAUCUCGAAUACAUCUUCUUGAAUCACGACAUCUUGGGCCGACGAAGUAGUGAUGAAGACCCGGACAAGAAAGAGGUCAUCUAUGAUGUGCAUCGAAAGAGACCAAUCCUCAAGGGGGUAGCAGAGCCCAACGGCUCGGGACAACUGAUGAUCAGGAAAUGCUUGAGAUGUGGGAGUUAUAGCGAGGACGUCAACGUGCCGCCUAAGGAGUGGCCUCGGCAGGUUGCUAUGCUACUCAUGAGAUGUGUUUGCGAUGGAGGUUGGGUGCUGAAGCCCUGGGAUACGGUUCACAAAUAA